GGGCGGGCGAGAGUAAGGCACGAAACUCAUAACCGAAGGGACAAAGCUGACGUCAGGUGUUAGGGACUUUUUGGCAAAAAUCAGCUUACACUCAGGAAAAGGCUCGAGAUUAUGUCAAAGUCAAUUCAACUUGUAACUUGAUUACGCAUGGGAAAUGCUGAAGCUGUUCCACACGAAAAAUUGAUGAGUUCUUCUAAACAAGGCAACGCGUUUUCACCUGUAGACGGGAAAUUAACGACUGAUGUUCGCUAUGGCACGUCUUCUCAAACCACUACAGGAACUGACAACGAAAUCGAAACAAAUGGAAAUCUCGACAAAACCACAGAGAGAGGAAAAACGAUUGUAACAAUCGCUGACGAUCCUGAACCCCCCUUUUCAAAUUCUGUUGCGUUUACAAACAGCAGCUCGUCAGGAGGUACAGAGCAGCAAAGACGUGUAUGGGAGGAGGUUGCACUAAGAUACCAACAGAUCCUUCAUAGAGAAUACAGAAUGAUGAACUUGCCUUCUUAUCCAGUGGAGGGAGGUAAUGUGUACCUUUACUAUGUUCCUGUGAUAGUAAAUCACGGGUCUACAACUCAGUCUUUAGGUGUAAACUCUGAACACCACAGCACAGAGGCGGCUGCUCGUGAAAGCAGAAAGGAAAAGGAUGACGUCAUUUACAUUGAUGAUAGUGACGACGACAUCCACAGUGAUGUCAAAGAAGAACCGUCUGAGCUUGAGGAAUCAUGCUCUUUUAGAGAAAGUGCUGGGGCUGAAAUUCCCCGUGGAGUCACACCGCCUAUCUUUGAAAAAAAUCAACAGCAAAAGUAUUCUCUAAACAAGUUGGAAGAUCCUGUUUUAAAGGCGAAUGGAAGCGUGGAUCAAAGCGAAUAUAACCACCAUUCUGAGAGUUCUAGCGACGAGAGAGAUGAUCCCAAAACAAGUAUUGAUGACAAAAACAGCAAAUACUGUGAUGAGCACGAUACUCAAGUCACAGAAGACCAUAUUCGCAUUUUUAAAGGCUAUACAAUAGAAUACCAUCCAAUUUAUCGUGACAAAUUCAUGAAAGAGCCGAACAAUCCACGAAGAUCCCAGCAGUAUACAGAAAGAGAUGAAAAGAUACUGGACUUGAAAAAACGUCUAGCUGAACAUACAAUAGAACUGGAAAAACUUAAGCAGCAGCAGUCAAUAAAGGAAGAAAUACCGAGUAAUGGACAUUUAGAUAGAAUUUACCAACAAAACAAAAAAGACAGACACAUCAAAGGAGAAAUAAUUGAAUGCAGCAAAUCUUUAGGGGAUCGAGAAGUGACGGUAUGUCCUAAAGAGUGUCCCUCUGCUCAGAUUCAUUAUUUUCCCUCAGGGGAACGAAAAACAAUCUUUCCAAGAAAGAACUCUAGAAAGCAAAGAUCGCCUCGCAGAAUUGAUUCUCCUUUCAACGUUAAGAUUGAGAAAAAGGCCGAUGAUGUAGGAACUGUUCCAACAGAGAUAGCGAUUAAAAAUUUGGUUUUGAAGAGAAAGCUCAAUCUACCCAAUGGAAUAUUACAGGAACAGUCGAGUGACGAUAAGAAAGCCAAACGAACAAAGUGUUCUAAAAAGACCAAAAUAAGACGGAAGCGCAAAAGAGGCCAACGAAAGUCGUCGACUUUCAAACUUAAAGGGACACAGUCUUUGAAUGAUAAAGCCCAAGAGGAACUUAGCCCUGUAACAAAUUUAGACAGAGCUUGUACCCCUGAAGACACCAAUCAGGAGGAGUUCCUGUCAUUGUUUGGCCUGCUGAAAAUGAGCCAGAAGCAGAGUUAGACACUUGAACUUUCAUCCCUUUGAAGGAACUGUAACUAACUCUGUUCAACUUUGUUUCUGCAAGUGAGCUUUAGUACAGGGUGCCGUAGUAAAGGAAAUGGUAACCUAUGUCCGUUACUUUGCUGACGCCGAAAAGACAAUGAAAAAGCCUGGAACUUUUUUAACUUCAAGUUGAAUUUAGUAAAUUUCCGCUUUCUUCGUUUUUCAAUUUUUAAUUCUUUUAUAAACACAUUACUAUUUAAAGAUUGGUUUUUAUGUUUCCAACAAUAAUAGUACUUAUUUAUCUCAGGAAUAUUGCGAGAAAUCGUCUUCACGUCGCUAAAGUGGAGUUUUCAUAACAGCUGAGAGAUGGAUGUUUUCUAUUAAAAUAGAUAUUAUUCUGAACCAUACGCUAUUAAAUACUAUGCCAGUAUACUCUCAUAAAUUAUCUUAAUCUUUCUCUUUCUUUCCGGUUAUUAUGUUCAGAAAACAGUGGAUCCAAUGGCCAUUCAACCUUUUUUUCGUGUCAGUGUUCUUUCAAAAGUAUUUAAAACUUUAUGUGGUGUUGAACGCCGUAAAAUGUAAUUGAACUUACAGGUUAGUUUCACUCUUUUGCCCUCAUUAUUAGUAUUAGAGUUUCUGACCCAAACUUUGGAAUGGAUUAUUUCUCUUACUCAGUCCUCCUGAUAUCUGAUUUCUAUAAUUCCGUUAGUUGCUCAGUUGACAUUUAAAGCUAUGGUUGUGUUUCUGCCGCCGCUACAGUCGACUCAAGUGUCGAAGAUCCAUGCAAGGUUUUAUUUUGCUAUCUAAAACUCUUGUUACAAAACGGUCAUCGACUGUAACUAGGAUAUUUAUAUAUAAGCGAGUUUGACUUUUUAAGACUGGUGUCUUGCCAUUAUAUACGUUCAGCUUGGCAAACGAGAGGUUGUGCAGGAAUGUUGAACGCAGUUGUGACUCUUGAGUUAAUGUCUAUAUCAAUAAAGUACAUUUGUCGAUAAA